GUAUAUAUAUACAACUACUACUAUAUACAUAUACGUGUGUACAAAUGCUUUGUGUAUGUGCGCGAGUUUAAAUAGCGCACAACAACAACAACAGUUUAAGAUAUUUAGCAAGCCGUCUCUUCUUUUGAUACGCUUUUGCAACGAAGACAACAACGACAUCGGCGACAUUUGCACGCAGAAGCGAACAGUGUGGCAAAAUUGUUCAAAAGUGCAAACAAUUAAUGUGCCUGCCCAAGUUCGCACGUUCCGCGAAAGAGCGAACCACUGUGCGAGAAAUAAAAAUAAGUGGAACUGAAACGAGUGCCGAAUGAACGAAGCAAGCAAGCAGCAAAAUAAAAGAAAAUCCUAUAAAUAACAGCAAGAAAUAUUUAUCAAUAGCGGAAAGAGGAGGAAAAAUAUUUAAAGCAUUGAAAUUAAAGGGAUUAAAACGGAUACACCUCAACGAAGUGGAUAACGAAAAGAGUCAGGUGGAAUACCAUUGGGAAAAACAUAUUCACCAAAAUGGUUAAUUUCGAUAAAAUAUUUAACAGUGAAAGUGAAAACGGUUGAAGUUUCAAAGUAAAAGGAAAUAACUCUUACGCCAAAGAAUGCAAUAUUAAAUGCAUCAUUAGGUUAAGCUAUCAGGCAUUUUACAUUGACUGACAUUCGAGCGUAUUAAAACAAAAACUUAUGAGGGAGCAAGGCUCUCCGAGUAUGGUUGAAUUAAAUAUCAAAAAGUGAAAAUACAAAUAUUUAAAAAGUGUUAUCAGAGUGGUGAUUGAGAAGUGCAGUCGUAUAAAACUUAAUCAAAAGCACGGGCUAGUUGCUCAAUAGUAUACUUUUAAAGCAAGGGUUGUUCUAUGGGGUGCAUCCACUAGAGAAAUAUGGAAAAGCGGCUUAGCGACAGUCCCGGAGAUUGUCGCGUAACGAGAUCCACCAUGACGCCCACUCUGCGCCUGGAUCACACUUCCAGGCAAGAGCCUCUUCCGCAGCAGCCGGAUAACGGCCCAGCUGGAGCGCCUGGAAAGUCAAAGUCCCCCACUCCAUUGCCCGGUAAAUCACAGGCCGCACAGCACCACCAGUUCCGGGCUCCCCAGCAGCAGCAGGGCCCCAAAAAUCGGAACAAGGCCUGGAGCAAGAGGCAACACAAGGCAGGCGGGAAGCACAACCCCAGCGCCUGCGUCGGCGCAAGCAGUGCCCAGACCCAGUCUACAAGCUCCUCGGCCGUAGCCGCGACCCUCCUUCCCACGGCGGCGGCAGCCCACAAGGCGGAUCUCGAGAACAUCCAGAAUAUCCAAAACAAAAAUUUGACUGCCGGCGGUGGAGUCAACCAUCAUGGGAACGCCGGAACAGCGCAUCACGGCGGUGGCGGUGGUGCCGGCGCCCAUCACGCCGCAGCGGGUGGGCACCAUCACCAUCACAACACGAGGCUUGCGCAAAACGCUGCCGCUAGUGGGGCGAGCGGAGGAGGAGCCAUGCAACUCCAUAAGAAACUGUUGAGGGGUCACCAUCACCACGUGCUGUGCGCCGGAAACAAUGCUAACCACACGUGCUGCCUGGUCACGGGAUGCAAUGGCAGCUCUACCGGCGGAGCGGGCGUGGCAGGAAGCGGUGGCGCUGUCGCUGCAGCGGGGGGAGCGUCGUGCAAGGAAGCGCAGAGCUGCAAGGACACCAGCUCGCUGAGCGGCAACAGCAGCAUCGCAGGCAGCGCGGGAGCGGGCAACGCAGUGCACUAUUGCUGCGGCCGCUCCAAGUUCUUUUUGCCGGAAAAGCGGCUACGCAAGGAGGUGAUUGUGCCGCCCACCAAGUUCCUGCUGGGCGGCAACAUCUCCGAUCCACUUAACCUUAAUUCACUGCAGAACGAGAACACCUCGAAUGCCUCCUCCAGCAACAACACGCCGGCGACCACGCCCCGCCAGUCGCCCAUCACUACGCCUCCAAAGGUGGAGGUGAUCAUACCGCCCAACAUCCACGAUCCGCUGCACCUUCUGGAUCCCGUUGAUUCAAUGGAGUACGAGAAGCAGCUGACGUCACCGAUGAAACGUGGAGUGGGAGGCGGUGGGAUGCUUCACCACCGGCAGCACCACCAUCGCACGCGAAAGAACCGAAAGCGACGGCGCUUUGACUCCAACAACACCUCGCAUGCCGGCGAUGAAGCAGUAGUCGGAAGCGAGCUGACCGACGAACCGCCGCUGCCCACAGCCACCUCUUCGCUGGCGGCGUCGCCGGUGGCAGCGCCCGUUAACGUAGGCGGCAGCUUGCUGCUGAGCGAAUCCAUUGCUCCGGCCCCGGGCGAAACGGCGGAAACGGGCCAUCAGCAGGCGCAUGUGCACUCUCCGCAAUCGGCAUCGACGACAACGACCGCUGAGAUGCCGACGCCGACGCCGACGGAGGCAGCGGCGGCGACUGCGGCCGAGGAGCACAAGGAACAGGCAGCGCCAGCGCCGACUGCAACGUCAUCGCCACAGCGGCAGCAACAUGUGGCCGCUACAGCCGAGGAACCUCCCACUCCGGCCUCUUCCAGUGCCGCUGAGCCGCCGGCAGAGGAGCUGCUCCUUAGCUGUUCGGCCACGUCGGCCUCACUGGCGGUGGCUUCGACGCUGGCAGAGCGAAGGGCCAGCCGAGACCUGCGUCUGGACUUGUCAAGCACGUGCUACGGCGUCGGCGGCACGGGUCUGAGCUUCGGCGGCAGCAACGCGGCCAGCGUGGCUAUCAGCUCCGGGGGUGGUGGGAGGAAGAGGAAAAUUAGCGAGAGCAGCACUUCGCAAAAGAGCAAGAAAUUUCAUCGUCACGAUGCCAUGGACAAGAUUGUCAGUCCAGUGGUUCCGCAGCCAGGUGCCUGGAAGCGACCACCACGCAUCCUUCAGCCCAGCGGGGCCAGGAAGCCCAACUCCCGCCGAUCUACGUCCGUCAGUGAAUCGGAGCUGCUCAGUCCCGUGGAAGAGCAGCCGCCCAAGCAGCUGCCCCUCAUCGAUGUGGAGAUACCCCGUGAUGAUACGCCCGACUUGCCGGAUCAUGGGCUAGGCAGUCCGCUGAGCACUACUUCGGCGGCCACCUCGCACACGGCCGGCGAGCAGGAUUCUCUGGCCGGUGUGGACGUCAGCAUGGGGGAUGCUUCGGGGUCCGGCGGUAUGGGCAAGGCACCGCUGACCAGUAGUCUGACGCUGGAACCGACUAUGAUUCCCCCCAUGAAAAUGCUGCCAAAGUUUCGGGCCGAUGGAUUAAAGUACCGGUACGGAAACUUCGACCGCUACGUGGACUUUCGGCAGAUGAACGAGUUUCGAGACGUGCGCUUGCAGGUGUUCCAGCGCCACGUGGAACUGUUUGAGAACAAGGACAUUCUAGACAUUGGCUGCAAUGUUGGCCACAUGACCAUUACGGUGGCCAGACAUCUGGCACCAAAAACAAUUGUCGGUAUUGACAUUGAUCGAGAGCUUGUUGCCCGAGCCAGAAGAAAUCUGUCGAUCUUUGUGCGAAUUCCCACGGAGGAAAAGCUGUUAGAUGUCAAAGUAGAGCCAACGAUUGAGGCAAAAGCGGAGUUAAGUCCGCCAGGAAAAACGGAAAUCUCGGCGAAGGCUGAGGCAUCGGGAGCAGCUCACAAGAAAACGAGACGCGGCAAGAGACGACGCAAGGUGCACGAGGGAAUACAUCAUCAUCAUCACCACCAUCAUCAUGAUUUGGAACAGCUGCAACAGCAACAUAAGUUGAACUUGUUGCUUGUUAAGCCGCACGAAUUCUUUCCCAUUUCUUUCCCUCUGACUUACGGAGGUAUUCCCAAUGUUCUAUCAUCGAGCAAAUCGCCCAACAUGCUCGGGAACAAGAAUCCGUUUCCGGCAAACGUCUUCUUCAGACACACCAACUAUGUUCUCAAGGACGAGUCAUUGAUGGCCAGCGACUCCCAGCAAUACGAUCUCAUACUGUGUCUCUCGGUUACUAAGUGGAUCCAUCUCAACUUUGGAGACAACGGCUUGAAGAUGGCGUUUAAGCGAAUGUUUAACCAGCUGCGACCCGGGGGAAAACUUAUACUUGAAGCCCAAAACUGGGCCAGCUACAAGAAGAAAAAGAACCUAACGCCGGAAAUUUAUAACAACUACAAGCAGAUCGAGUUUUUUCCGAACAAGUUUCAUGAAUACUUGCUUAGUUCGGAGGUUGGAUUCAGCCACAGCUAUACGCUUGGCGUGCCUCGUCACAUGAACAAGGGCUUCUGCCGACCCAUACAGCUGUAUGCAAAAGGAGACUAUACCCCGAAUCAUGUCCGUUGGAGCGAUGCCUACUAUCCUCAGACGCCAUAUGAAGCAUAUCGGGGCAUUUACGCCACCCUGCCCGUUCAUCGGAUGGGCGGCGGUGGGAGCAGCGCAGGCGGAAGCAAUAGUGGGCACGCUCAAAUGCUGCACCUUAGCAGCUCCAGUCGGUCGCAGAACUAUGAUACGCCGCACUACGCAGGCAGCGCAUCGGGCUCGGCCAGUUGCAGACAGACUCCAAUGUACCAGCCCACCUACAACCCAUUGGAAACGGACUCAUACCAGCCCAGCUACGACAUGGAAUAUCUCAACCACAUGUACGUGUUCGCUUCGCCGCUUUAUCAGACCGUCUGGUCGCCUCCAGCUUCGCUGCGCAAGAGCAGCUCGCACACUCCGGUAUUUGGAAGCGUGCGCGAUGCAGAGCUGGACGGUGAUGGCAGUGGUGGUGGGGGCAGUGGUGGUGGAAGCUACCACCGCCACGUCUAUCCGCCAAACGACGACACUUGCUCGCCCAACGCAAACGCUUGUAAUGCGUUUAACUCGAUUCGGGAUGCGGACACAGACGAUUCUAACCAGCUGCCAGGGGGAAGUCGACGGCAUGUGUAUGCAACCAACUGCGGAGAGAGCUCCUCAUCGCCGCAGGUAAAUCACCACGAGGCGGUCGGCGAAUUUGUGGACGCUCUUAUGGACGAUGAACAGAAGUCUUCAACAGGCGGAGGAACUGGUGGCGCAGCUUAUUGUGAUCUGUCGGAUGCCUAGAAUAUGGAUCUUUUAGGCAGGGAAAAUGUGUCAAAAAGAAAAAGAACAAAAAAAAAGAAAAAGCUUAAGAAAACCCCAAAAAGUUUUCGUACAGAAAAAAUGUAAUGCAACCGUAAACCGAGACGCUUAUGAUUUUCUAUGGUAUAAUGUGCGUAUAUAUUUUUAUAUAUCGUAGUUUAAUGAAUGAAUAUAUACACAAAUAUAUACAGAUCUAUAUAUACAAUUGGAACAGAGAUGCAUGUGUUUAGAUUUAUUGCAUUCUUUAAUGUUACGGCUUACCAUUUUGCUAAAACGCUUUAUAGUGAGAACUUAAUUUGAUCCUGUUGGCAGUUGAAUUGUAAUCCUAGUUUUAAAUCCCCAAUAAGCAAUACAAAAAUAAACACGCUCUCACGUUUACAAAAUACAUAUACUGGCACACCCACCAACACUCACAUAUACGACAAGCUGUAGCUUUAACUAAUAUACUAAAUUGUGCUAAAAAUUGUUUAGGAAACCUAAAGAAUCCCAUGAAAUUCAACUAUUUUUGAUUAACAUUUUGGCAAAGCAAAACCUUAAAAAGCUGGAAGGAGUGUGAACAAAAACAUGAAAUAAGCAAACACAAUGGCAACAUAAGGAAAAAACAAUACAUUAUUAUACAUACUUGUAGGCAAGUGAGAG